GGCGCCGCCGCCUGACCCGGCGCCCGCGGGGGCUCACCCGCAGCCAGCGGCUCCUGGCAGCGAGCCCGCGUCUGCGACAGCGCCUGCCGGGGCACGCGCACCAGCGCCAGCAGCCGCCGCCAAUGGCGCCGCGAGCCUCCCCGGCCAGGAGAAAGCCUGCUCGGGCAGGACGGCUCCGGCGGACGCCGCUCCAGCCCCAGUGCCGGCGUGCGACCUGGAGGUCGGUGGCUUCGGCGAGGAGGCGCCCGUGGGGGCCCCGGCAGGGGCGGCGAGCGCCAGCGCCCGCGGCAGAUCGGAGGCGGCCGGGCCGCCCGCGCCGAUGCCGCCCGACGGCCCGGAGAGGCCGCCCUUCUGGAGCGGGG